UUCACUUUACUCGUAGACAACAUAUAGAUUGAAAAGAGUGGUAUCAAGAUUUAUCAUCUGAAGCUGUCAAAGUCAAGGUCACUGAUCUCCGGUUCGGUCAAACCCCAAAUACAUUAUGCCAUGAACAAGUACUCACACAAAAUCAUCAUCCGCCAUUAUCAUCAUCGUUGUCGUUGUCGUUGUCGAAACCAUGAAUAAUAGCAGCACAACCACCAAUAGCACCACCAUCAACGGUGGUGUUUCUACUCCCGCCGUCGGACUCAAAACCUACUUUAAAACUCCUGAAGGCCGCUACAACCUCCAUUCCGAGAAGUCUCAUCCUUCUGCACUCCUCCAUUUUUCUCAUGGAAAAUCGGUUUCUCAGGUAACAUUAGUUAAUCUUAAGGAAAAAACAGCAUCAUCAACACCGACAUCAAGCUCAGGUUAUAGUGCAACAAGUAGCGUUAGAUCAGCUGCUGCUAAGUUGUUAGGCACGAACAAUGGUGGGCGAGCGCUUAGUUUUGUAGGAGUUAAUGGAGCGAAUAAAGCUGUUGCUGCGGCUACCAAAACCGCGUCACUCGGAGCCUCCAGUAAUGGUGGCAAUUUGCCAAUUACCAACUUUUAUGGUAAAGGAAUGUAUAUAAUAUAUAAUGUGGGAGACACUUUGUAUAUUAGCGACCUGAAUUCGCAGGAGAAGGAUCCCAUUAAAUCCAUACACUUUGCCAACUCAAAUCCCAUUUGUCAUACCUUUAAUCCUGAAGCUAAUGAUGGCCAUGACUUACUCAUAGGGUUGAACUCUGGAGAUGUCUACACGGUAUCCCUAAGACAGCAAUUGCAAGACAUUGGAAAGAAGCUUGUUGGUGCUCAGCAUUAUAACAAAGAUGGCUCUGUUAAUAACAGCCGCUGUACCAGUGUUGCAUGGGUUCCUCAAGGCAAUGGUGUUUUUGUUGUUGCUCAUGCUGAUGGAAACUUGUAUAUGUACGAGAAGGGGAAGGAUGCUACUGUUGAUUCGUCUUUCCCACUCAUCAAGGACCUGACUCAACUUUCUAUUGCACAUGCAAAAUCUAGUAAGAGCAAUCCGAUUGCAAGAUGGCACAUAUGUCAAGGUUCAAUCAACAGAAUUGCGUUUUCCACUGAUGGCACCCAUCUGGCUGUUGUUGGGAGAGAUGGCUUUUUAAGAGUAUUUGACUACCAUAAAGAACAGCUAGUCUGUGGAGGAAAAAGUUAUUAUGGUGCUAUUCUCUGUUGUGCAUGGAGUAUGGAUGGUAAAUAUAUUCUGACUGGUGGUGAGGAUGAUCUAGUUCAAGUUUGGAGCAUGGAAGAUCGCAAGGUUAUAGCGUGGGGCGAGGGGCACAACUCAUGGGUCAGCGGAGUUGCUUUUGAUCCAUAUUGGUCACCCCCUUCUUCGGAUAGCACUGGAGAAAAUGUGAUGUAUCGUUUUGGUUCUGUUGGCCAGGACACUCAAUUGCUUUUAUGGGAUUUUUCAAUGGAUGAGAUUGUAGUGCCUCUUCGUCGUUGUCCACCAGGUGGCUCACCCACAUACAGUACUGGAAGUCAAUCAGCUCAGUGGGAUAGUGUGGUUCCAUUAGGGUCUUUACAGCCUGCUCCAAGUAUGCGUGAUGUUCCAAAGCUUUCUCCACUGGUUGCUCAUCGUGUUUAUUCUGAACCUUUGUCGGACUUGGUCUUCACACAGCAAUCGAUCCUCACAGCAUGCAGAGAAGGGCAUGUAAAAGUUUGGACGAGACCCGUGUCUUUUGAAACCAUAUUAGCUGAUUCAGAAAGUCCUCUAAGUGCGAAAGAAAAGCUUCCAAUACCAAGUUCCAGUGGAUUUGACAGCAAGUGACAAAGUGGGGACAUUCAAUUGCGUAUACUGUUUUGAGUCUCAGAUUCCAGAUUUGGUGGUAGCACACAAUGUAUAAGCUGGUGCCACGAAGUUAAUCUACUAAAUGUAUCUGGGGUGUUUAUUACCAAUUCUGAAGGUUUGCUAGUUAGGUUUUUAGCUGCUGAAGGAGCUUAAGUGCAUAAUCGCUAGGUACUCAACGACAUUAGGGAUACUAACUGUAUAGGUGCAAAUAAUAGAGGUGCUGCUGAAAGUUUUUGAUAUGGUAGUUAGAAAUCCCGAUGUUUAGUAUGGACUGGUGGUAGACUGGUAGCCUAGGACGUUCCUCUAAGUCUCAGUCCUCUUUAACUUAUGCUGAAAACAAUAAUCUGUUGCACACUAAUUACUAGGUACUUCAAUCCCCUUGUCUGGCUUUAUCCUUGUUUAAUUAUUAUUGGAUUUUAAUAUAAUUUUAUUAGGUUUAUAUUCAGCAAAUUUUUUUUUGCUUGAGGUUUAA